ACAGUCUGUGGUUGUGCGCCAUGCUGACGGGGAGGGAAAAAAACGACUGAAGGGAGUUACCUCAGCGCACUCUGAGAUAUGAGAUCGGGCCAUUUUCCAGUCGGUGCCUUUUACUAUUAAAGAAGAAAAUCUCGAAAAUCAGUGGAGGGGAAGCAAGAAAGAAAGGAACACAGUCACACUUGGAGAGGUCGCCCAGAAGAGAGCAUAUUGCACCUUUCGGGUAGGCGGAUCAGUCGGAAUCUACGGUGCGUGCACAGUAUAUCGCCCCCUGUGCGCGCGCGCGUGUGUUUACAAGUGUUUGAACGAGUGCCACUGCCACAGACGAGGGAAGGAGGAUAAAGACAAGAAAGGAGGGAUGGUGGACAAUUCAGGCAGUAGUAAGGCACAAAUGCCCAGCAUGUCUCAGGAGCCUGGUGUGGCCUUUCCUCAGAGCACCUCUACAGGGGGGAUGAAGCUGGAGGCAGUAAUGGAGCAGCUCCAGCGGCAGCAGCAGGCCCGACUGGAAAUGGAGCGCAAGGAGAGGAAGCUGCGAGAGGCCCACAUCAUGUAUGCUCAGCAGGUUGCUGCCCAGCAGGCUAUCCUGGCAGCUGCCCGGGCUUCUGGGGCCAGCUUCAUGGGCAAAGGCCUGGCUGGAGUGGUCCCUGGUGGCGGGUUGCCUCUCCGGGUGUCCAAUCAGAGCAGUGUGGACUCGGAAAGAGAGGAUGAUGAGGACAGAGGCCGGGAUUCUGGGGAUGAGGAUGAUGACAAUGAGAUGAUGGAGGGGGAUGAGGGCAGUGAUGAGGAUGAGGGAAGUGCCAGUGGUCUGGAGUUCCUCCGCAAGCAGACCCUCGCUUUACAGCAGAGCGCCUCCCGCGUCCCGGUCCGUCCGUUUGGUAGUUACUCUGUGUCGGCCCCUCAGAGGGCUGCAUCCCCACCUAUCAGAGUGAAGCAGGAACCUGACGAGGGCCUGUCUCCUGCAGGGCCACACUCUGCUACCUCUCCUAACGGACAGGCAGACUGGGGCUUUGAUGAUCACUUCAGACAGAAUGGGAGUGCCAGCUGGGCGGAUGAAGCCGACAGUAGCAGAGGAAGAGGAGAGGCGUCCAGAGACUUUGCUAAACUGUAUGAACUGGACACUGACCCCAAAAGGAAGGAGUUUUUGGAUGACCUCUUCACAUUCAUGCAGAAAAGAGGAACCCCAGUCAAUCGCAUCCCCAUCAUGGCCAAGCAGGUCCUGGAUCUGUACAUGCUGUACAAGCUGGUGACAGAGAAGGGAGGCCUGGUGGAGGUUAUCAACAAGAAAAUCUGGAGAGAAAUCACAAAGGGACUCAACCUGCCUACCUCCAUCACCAGUGCAGCUUUCACCCUACGCACACAGUAUAUGAAAUACCUGUACCCGUAUGAGUGCGAGAGGAGAGGCCUCAGCUCCCCAGGUGAGCUUCAGGCUGCCAUCGACAGUAACCGACGCGAGGGUCGUCGUCCAAGCUACAGCAGCAGCCUCUUCCGCUUCUCUCCUUCUCCCAGCACAGCUCCCCACAUCCUCUCACCUCCCAAGAUGCACGUUUCAGUUCUGGGGGCAGGGACCUCAGGGGCCCUCAACGGUCUGCAGGCCUCACCAGGACCCUCUCUGAAGAAAGAUGACCUGACCCCCUCCAUCAUGGCGGUGAGACCCUCCAUGGCGCUGGCCCUGGGUCAGCAGCAGGUUGCGGGUUUGGCAAGAGCCGCCACGCUGGAGCAGCUGAGAGAAAAGCUGGAGACCAGCGGCGGAGGAGAUGGGCCAGAGAGGAAGAUGGCCCGCCUGGCGGAAGAGCAGCAGCGCCUGAUGCAGCAGGCUUUCCAACAUAACCUGCUGGCCAUGGCUUCCCAAAUGCCCAUGAACCUGCGCAUGGGAGCCCCCACCAUUACCACCAGAGAUGAGAAGCAGCAGGACAUGUCUCUGAGCAUCUCAACCAAUGGAAAUGCCAGCAUCACUGUCUCAGUGGAGGUCAAUGGCACAAUCUACUCAGGAACCCUGUUUGCCCAGAAGUCUGGAGGGGCCCCUGGGCCUGCUGUGUCGGCUGCUGCUGCUUCAGCCUCCCCUGCUGGAACCAGCACUAGCUUUGGCUUCUCUGUACCUCUGGCUCAGACCCUCAGCCCCGCGUCCUCCUCCUCCUCCUCCAAGGGUCCCAGCUCGGCUGAGCCGGCUCCCAGCGGGUCACCCUAACUCAGGCUGCCCUUUGUACCUGCUCCCCAGGCCUCUCUUUCGCCGGGAGGCCCAGCAAGAAAAUACAGUACAAUGAGAAACCGAUAAGAAUAACAAACUGUUGCACAACAAAUACCUCAUCAACCCUGUCAACCUCUUGGCUGUCCAAUCAUGAACACAGAGCCCAAGAAUAUUAUGUGGCAACACGUGCCCAAACGCACAGCUAUGCAUUUUAUUCAACAUACAAACACAUACGCAUGCUACACUACAAACACACACAAUUAACAUAUACAGACACACAAUCUACACAUACAUACACUUGUUAAUCCUAAUGUACAUGCUAAACACAAUCAGCUCAGCCAAAACCCACUGACAGGUGUAGUCACAACUGAACUUGAAAAGUUUUAUCUUAGGACAUUUUGUUUGUUUGUUGCCAUUUUGUUGUCUUUUUGAUUUUGUGUUUUAGAAUGAUUUUGUUUUUAGUUUUUCUCUUUUUACAUACCUCAAAUCAAGUAACCUGCAGUGGUGUCUUUACCUCAGGAGCUGUACUAUAUUUAACCUGAAUCAACUUUAUUUUUGUAUUCUUUUUGACCUAGUUGCAAUCAGGGGAAGUCGGGUAACUCUCACCAGGGGAACCUCAGAGCACCCACCUCACAGUGACAAGCCUCCGACCCGGGCCGCUCAGGUUUCUUUAACACGCUGUAGCCUCUUGCUGAACUCAAACUGGUGAAUGAUCAGAUGCUGUAGAUCAGCACAUUAUAUACCUAAUUUCAUAACUCUGCCCUCAGUUCAGAUCAAAUUAAUCCCAUUAUAAUAGUUGGAAGGUUAAUGAUGUACACAAACCUCCCAAACUGUAAACUCUCUCUAGCAAUGCACAGGAUGGAUUUUUAUGUCCACAUAAAAUUCAACUUAUUGCAGGUCUUCACAAAGUUGGGGGAACAGCAACUCUAAUCCACCCACACCCACCCGAGCAGACCCUGAGCUCAUUUCUCCACCCAGCUCCUGUCUGUUACAGAGAGGUAGUACAGAAUCAGGUUUGAGUUUGUUGUCCCCCAUUUUGUUUGUGCAUCCUUCCUCCAGCUGCAGCCACAGAGCUGAAUGUCAAUCUGACGGCGUCAUCCUUAAUGAUAGUUCUCAGACCUCAUACUGGCCUCUCUGCUCUGGAGGGCGUCUUUCUCAGGAAGGAAUGUGACAACUGCAAGGAAUCACUGUUAAUUUAAAAAGGAAAAAAAAGGAUACCUGAAUACCUGAAGAAUGCACAAGUCUACAUGACUGUUCAAGAAUACCUCAUCAGACUCUCUCAAAAAGAGAGCUACACUACAUACCUCAUACGGCCGCAAAGCCAUCGAGACUUGACACCCCAACCCGGGAUGGACCAGGUUCAUACCUGAACUGAAACUGACAUGAACGUGUUGACACGCUGCUGCUGCUGCUGGUGGUUUUUGGGGACAAACAGAACUGGGAUGGUAAACAGAUGAUAUCUCUCUCCUGUAUUUACUUGUAGAACUUGUUUUAUGCUUGCUUCCGUUUUCUUUCAUUUCUUUUUUUUUUUUUUUUUUUUUUAGUUCCUCAAGUUGUUGUCUGAGAAGAAUGAUGUAUCUGCAUUUUUUUUUUCCAGGGAAGAGGAAAAGAAAAGUUAGUUCCUCACAGACACAUAUAGAUCUGUAGGAUUGUUAACAGGUUUACCUUACAUUUGACUGCGAACACCUAAUUCGCAGUUAACACGUCUUCUUUCACGACAGCGGCGAAAUGAUAUGCAUGUGUACAAUCAUGUGACCAGUGUUUUAACACCCUAAUCUUCUGGUUCACGCUAGCCUCUGGUUAUUGCACAGCUAGAUACCAAAGACUAGCCAGGUCACUCCUCUUGAUUGAUCCCUCGUACAAUCCUGCUGUGGUGCACAGCAAGGCAGGUCAAGGUCUUUUUUGGACUGCAAAAAAUGUUGCAUCUAAUCUCAUUUAAUCCAAUUUUGAGUUUUUUCCUAAAGCAAGUGAAAAUAUCUUUAGGUGAGGUAAAUUCCCUUAUUUCACAUUUUACAGCAUGACUUGAUUAUUGGAAAGUUACAAUGGAAAUAUGUAAUUUUAAAACUGGCUUUAAAGACUCAAAAUCUGAUUACAUAACAUGUACAGCUGGGCAUUUUUGUUAGCAGAUAUUUAAGUGUUUUAUCCAGAGUAGUAGCCCAGAUGCUGUGGCUUUCCUGAGCUGUUUCCCUAAUUUAAUCUUUUACACUUAUGGGCUCUUGGGGCUGGUUUUUAACACAACACCCGGUGUGGACAGAGGCCCACAAGUCUGGCCUCUGUAUGAAAACACCCACUUCUUGAUAAUCCAGGAACACCUGGAUUAGCCCUCCAAUUGUAUGGAAUUUUUCUCCCUUCACAGUAAAUUUUUAGCAUUUUGGAAUACCACAAGGGAUGAAAAUGAAUUUUCCAUCUUUAUCUGUGUUGAAUGUGAGGCAUUUUAACAGUUUAGAAACCUCUUUAAGCCCAGUGUGAUCUGAGGGGGGCAGCCUUUUUGCUUUUAUUAAACUGUAUUUUAGCCAUUACUUGUCCGGUUUUGCAGACGUUUUGCAGUGCAGAUCACAGGUGAGGGUUUGAGGACUUUGAAGUCCUUUUGGUGUACCCUUCAGAACCCUGUAUGACACAGAACUGUAUUUUAUAAAGGUGAGAACUGUAGAUGCUGCCUUAAAGUAGUUGCUGGUGAGAUCCGGCCAGUGCAGGUUUUACUACUCAACUGGCUGGGAAAAUGUCUUCAAGCCUAAUCCUUUGGAGAGUAAUCACUUUUUAUUUUGGUAAGCAAUUCAAUCAGACGUUAGACACCAGUUGUCAUUCAUGCUGUUGCGUUAACAACUGAGUUUUGCUAUUUAUUUGUGGGGGUUUUUUAUUUCAUUUUAUUCCUGGUGGACCUUGUUUUUAGUAACAGUUAAGCUUAAUCAUUUAGGCUGUGUUACUAAAAUGUUUUCUUGUUUCUAAGUCCAAGCUUUCUGUUUCAUCUGCUUAGUCUUAGCAAUGACUGUUCGAUAGUGUAGCUUCACUGCCUUUGUAUGUUUGUGUGUGUGUGUAUGCGUGUGUGUAAGCAGGUUCAGUAUGUACAGUAUGUGGUUGCAGUUCUACCAUGUGGAGUACCACGCCUGCAUACACUUGUAAUAACAUUAAGGAUACUGCAGGUGGCGCAACUGCCACGUCUAGAAUAUCAUAGGAGGGGGGGGGUUCUCAGGCAUGAGUUUUGAUGACACUUUUAAAAACUUAAAACACUUACUUAAAUGGGGAAAGUUCUCUCCAGCAUUAGCCUCCCAUUUUGCUCACUGGGAGCUACCCAUUACACCCACAGUCGUCUUCUGCUGUUGAAGGGCACUUUGCUGUUCGUUGUUCGGGAGUGGAAAGUGUGGAGGGUUGGUCAUUCACUUCUCUCUGAUCUCUGGGUUCAAACCAGCAACCCUCUGGUCACCUCACUAACCUCCAGGCUCCUGCCACCUAACUUGCUGCGUGGAUGAGUAUAUAUGAUGUGUUGUACCUGUAAGCCUAUGUGUGUGUGUGUGUGUGUGUUUGUGUGUGUCUAUUAGAGACCGCCCCUACCUCGUCAUACCACAAUACCUCAGGGCAGGGGGCUGCAGUCACUCUUGCGUUCGAUGUUGAAGCCGCAUUGAGGGACGAGUACUGACGGAAGCUGUGGUCACUUAGCUGAAUGCUACUUCUGUUUUGGUGUUGCAUUUUUGUAUUUUUGUCGUCAGUAACUGCAGGCAAGGUUUCGUCUCUCAGGAAGCUGUGAAGUUGGAAGUCUGCAGAACCUUUUGUCUCUCAGAUGAUUUUGGAGUUAAUUCAGUUUUAAAUUGUUUAAAAACUAACCUGAUCUGUGUAAAAACAGGCGCAUAUGCAAGUGGUUAUCGAAUACCUCAUUUAUCAAUUUUAUGUUGUUUUUUGGCUUGUACAAUGCUCCGUAUAUUAAUUCAACUGUGGGGUUUGUGCAUAUUUUUGUACUGUUAUUAUUAUGGACAUGAUAAUAAUGAUAUUACUGAUAUUAUAGUUUUCUCUUUGACUAAAGCAAACAAAAAAUAGGACAAAACACAUGAAUGCUUGUAAAAACUGGUUUGUGCUGAUUGUAUUUAAGAGGAGCACUUUUCCAAAGUGGUUUUCACACAUUCAGUUUUGUUCAUAUUAGUAAUAUAAAGAUAUGGUUCUCAGGGCUUUAAACUUGUAUGUCAUGAUAAAGUUUUACUUUAUAUCUUA